UCUCACUCAACAGCUUCCGUCGAUUGCAUCAAUCCUCUCCCUGAUUCAGCUCUGCUAUUCCAUCUUCUACUGCUGAAAAUGUCCUGCUGCGGAGGAAACUGUGGCUGCGGCGCAGGUUGCAAAUGCGGCAGUGGUUGCGGCGGCUGUAAGAUGUUUCCAGAUGUCACCGAGAACAAUACCAGGGAGACUCUCGUUCUGGGCGUCGCUGGUACCAGCAAAGUGAACUUUGAGGGAUCUGAGAUGGGGUUUGGAGCUGAGAAUGGAUGCAAGUGCGGAGCCAACUGCAGCUGUGACCCCUGCAACUGUAAGUGAGGGAGACGACACCACAUUUCUCGUUGUGGGAAAAUAACUAGAAUCUGGUUAUAUAUUUGCGUUUGAGUUUUAGAAUAAAGCAGUCAUGGUUUGUUCCUUAGUUGGUGGUGAGUGGUGACUGCAGCAGUGGUUGUUGGCUUGCUUGUUCUGCUCUGUUUAUAUAUGUAGUGGCAGUAAGUAUAUAUAUUUGCAUUAUAAUUUGUAAGCUUUCGGCUUGCUUAUGUUAAAAGUAUGCUUUUAUGUAAGAAGGUGAGUCAGUAUACUUUCUUCUAAAUAGAAAUAGGUUUGGUUGUUUGCUUUUUCUUGGUAAUUUCUGUUGGCUUACUUAAUGAAGAAGAUGAAGAUUAGAAUCAGAUUGCGAUACUCUGAGGUUCCAAUAAUGGUGAUUUUGGGGAUGGAUUGUGAUGAAUUUGCGAAAUCCCAACAAAUUUAGGUGGCCUACGAAAAUGAUUGAUGUAAUUUGGAAAAAUGAUGAGUCAGAAUCAAAGACGUUUUGGCCAUUUGAUAGACUUUGUGGUCCAUCAAUGAGUCAAAGUGAUAAUUUAUGCUAGGGGAUAGGUUUGAAAAGACAUCACAAUUUAUGGAUUUCUCAUUGUUUGGUAUGGAAAAGUCAGGAUUUCAAGAAGUUGAGAGAGUAGUCCUUGUCAGAGAGAGGAGCAGUACAAUAAUUAACGAGUAUGAUAUUUUGUGAUCUAAAUUAUAAAAUAACAAUUAUUGAACAACAAUUAUUGAACGAGGGUUCUCCUCCAAUUUCAGCGCCCUCUUAAUCCAA